AUGGGUGGCGCCACUGUCGGGUCUUUUAGUCCCAAUCGAUCUUACACACCCUGCCAGGCGCCUCUCGAAGGCCUCCUCGCGUUUGCAUCUAGCAUCAGCGCCACUGGCAGGCCUUGCAACCAGGUCCUGGUCCAGCCGUCACCUUACGCUGUCGACAAUCAGGUCUUAAUAGCCACUCUUAAGCAGCUCAAGACAGCACAUCCUGAGGUGAAAGCCCGGGCGAUUGCUGUCGUUGACUUAGCACAAGUAACGGAUGACCAGCUAAGGACCAUGCAUGACCUCGGCGUUCGAGGCUUACGCAUCAAUGCUCAGGCAAGUGGUAAGGAAGUCGACCUGGCGCAGCUGGGCGAGGCUUUACUGCAGGCUGCCACACGGAUAAAGUUGUUGCCGGAGUGGAAACUGCAGACCUUCUGCCCUCCUGAGGCAUGGGACGGUCAGUGCUUGGCACCUUUGCCCGGUCCCUCCUUCUUCCUGAAAAUCAAGAAUUUAUCCGUGCUGACGUCCACAGAAUUGUUUGAUCUUAUACAAAGCUUGCCUGUUGAGCUCAUCGCUGACCAUACCGGUGGUCUCAAGGGCUCCUCAAAGCUUGAGGGCGGCGGAGCUGGAAGCCUUCAGCAGCGCGGCAUGAGUACUCUGAUCAGACUCGCCCGUGAGAAGAAGGUUUUCAUUAAGAUUUCUGGACUGUACCGAUCUUCCUGCAGGGUAGGUACCAACUUUGACGACAUGGGCGCCCUAAUUAGCAAACUGGCUGAAGAAGUUCCCGACCAGCUUAUGUGGGCCAGUGAUUGGCCUCACACAGGCGAAGGCAAAGACCGCCUGCACGGCGCGCUAGAUGUGGAGGAACCGUUUCGAGAAAUUGACGAUGUCGGAGUGUUGAGGAAUAUAGAAAAAUGGGUUGGCCCUAGCGUAUGGCAGAAGAUGAUGGUUGAUACGCCUCGCAAGGUAUUUCUUUAG